CCCGGUUACGCGCAUGCGCAGUCGCUCGGGGCCGCCGCUCCGACGGUUCGCGCUUCCCCGUGGCUUCGCGCUCGCAGUCAUGGCCGAGCCCGCCCUGCAGGCCCCCUGCGUCUCCUCCUCUUCUUCUUCCUCCCCCUCUUCUGGGCAGUCCCAGGUCGGGGGCUGCGAGGGAGGCGCGGGCUCCGCCUCCUGCGCCGAUCCCCCCGUUUCUUCCUCUUCUUCCCAACCUGUUUCUCUCUUUCCGGCUUCAUCAGCGGGUGCCACGGCGGCUCCAGUUGGGUUUGGAAACCGGGGAGUCCUUCCUAAUCCCACCGGGAUCUCCUCAUCUUCGGGGGGGGUUGCACCGAAAGAACCCGAUUCACCGGAAUCGCCUUUUGAGGUCGUGCCAGAUCGCGCAGUCUUCGACCGAGAAUACGGCACUGCUUUGCUCGGCGAACGCGAAGUUCUCAGCCAAAUCCCUGAAGAUCGAGUCUGCGACUUCCCGGCCAAACCCCGCGCCGGUAGCCUUGGGAGCAUCACCGGCAAGAUCUCCGGUGGCUUGUGCCGGCAAACCUCUGGCACCGCCGCGGCGUUGGAAGAGGUGUCCAAGUGCGUGAGGGAGAUGCACAGCUUCACCAGCGAGCUCUUGAGUUGGGAUUUGGUGGAGCGGAAUGGUGGCAAUGGCAUCACCGGGAAUGGAAUCACCACUGGGAACGGCAUGGUUGGAAUCGUCACCGGGAACGUGAGCGCCAGUGAGAAUGGGAUCACCGGCGACGGCAAUGCCGAAGCAGACAGCUCGGGUGACUCCGACGACACCGUCAUUGAGGAGGCUCCUCUUGCUGAUCCCCCGGUUACUCCCCGUGCCGGCGUUGCCGGUGUCACCGUGGUGCCGCCGUCGCCCCCCUUUCACCAUUCCCCCCCCCGUGCCGCCGCCAUUUGCAACCGGGAUUGGGAGGAGGAGCGGGUGACACUGCGGGCGCUGCGGGAGGUGGGGGAGCCAAACCGGGGCCCCGUGAGCGCUGGCGGGGAUGCGAACGAGCCCCCCCUGCGCCUGCCCCGCCUGGCAGCCCGGGACCUCCUGUUGUGGCGGGACGCCCGUCGCAGCGCGGUGGCCUUCGGUGCCAGCCUCCUCCUCCUGGUCUCCUUCGCUGCCCUCAGCGCCGUCAGUGUGGUCGCCCACCUCGCCCUCGCCCUCCUCUCCGUCACCAUCAGCCUCCGCGUCUACAAGGCCGUCAUCCAGGCCCUCCAGAAGACCGAAGAGGGACAUCCCUUCCAGACCUACUUGGACAUGGACAUGACCUUGACCCCUGAGACCUUCCAUGCUCUCACCUCUGCUUUCUCCCUUCACCUCAACCGAGCCCUUCGCUUCCUCCUCCGCCUCUUCCUCGUUGAGGACCUGGUGGAUUCCCUUAAGCUGGCUUUGACCUUGUGGCUGUUGACCUACGUGGGCGCCGUCUUCAACGGCAUCACCCUCCUCAUCCUCGCUGAGCUCUUAGCCUUCACCCUCCCACCCCUCUACGAGAAAUACAAGAUGCAGAUCAAUCACUACGUGGGCAUUGUCCGGCGCCGGGUCGCCGAGCUGCGGGCUUAGAUCCAAGCUGAAGCCCAGAAGCCACUGGAAUGACCCCCCCACCGGGGGAGGGGCGGGGAAUCAAGGGGGGAAGGGAAAUAUUGGGGUGGCCCCCCGAUAUCAGACCUCCCUCAACCUCCCAACGCCUCCCCCUACCUUGUAAGCCCCCCUAAAACUACCCGCUCCUAAAAAAUCUCCCCCCCCGCCAUCUCACAGUGGCGUCUGUCUGUCCGUCCCCCCACCAACCUUGAACUGUGUCCCGGGGGGGGGGGGGGGGGCUUCACCCCAAAUCCCCCACUUGCCCCCUGCUCCAAUUUUGUGCCCCACCCCAAAGCUCGUUUCCCCUUCCCCAUUGUUAAUUUUUUAAUGUUAAUUAAGGUGAAAUGUCUGUAACUGCUGUAAAAGGGGGGGGAUGGGGGGGGUUGUAAGACUCCCUUGGGGGGGGCUCAGCCCCCCC